CAAUAGUUUAUCAAUCUUCUGUAUGCCUAGAUGUAGACUACGUAGGCGUGACAUUCAUACCCCGCCAGUUUUGUCUACUUUCAUUAGCUUCGGUGCCAGUGUUAACAGACCGGGUGUCAGUUCCAUCUCUGCUCGUGUGCGACCAGACUGCAGCAUUUCUGGCCAAACUGUUGAGCCAACUAGCACUCGAACAGUCGAGUUCACCUCUAGUCGUUUUUUUCUCGCGAAGAACGAGACAUGGAUCGAACUCCGCAGGCUGAAUCUUGGUGUCUGACGAAGAUAAAAGUUGUGAAAUUCAGCUACAUGUGGACAAUCAAUAAUUUCAGUUACUGUGGGUUCGAGGUGGGCGAGACACUCAAGAGCUCGACGUUCACGUCGCCGCAUUGCGAACACAUGAAAUGGUGUUUGAGAGUGAAUCCUAAAGGUUUGGAUCACGACAGUAAAGAUUAUUUGUCUCUCUAUCUGCUGUUGGUGGCGUGUAAUAACAGUGAGGCGAGGGCAAAGUUUAAGUUUAGUAUUCUCAAUCACAAGGGGGAAGAACGGAAGGCAAUGGAGAGCCAGAGAGCGUACAAAUUUGUUCAAGGGAAAGACUGGGGUUUCAAAAAGUUCAUACGAAGAGACUUCCUCAUGGACGAAUCAAACGGCCUCCUUCCUAACGACAGACUCACAAUCUAUUGUGAGGUGGGUGUGGCCGAGGAUUCCGAGAAUAUUUCGGGUUCGGCGCAUAUCGAGGUUCCAAAUUGUGGACUGAAAAUGGAUCUAGGAAUUAUGCUCGAGCGUCAGCUGUUGAGUGAUGUGGUUCUGACUGUGGGAACGAAAGAGUUUCCGGCUCAUCGGGCGACUCUGGCAGCUCGUUCACCAGUCUUCUGUGCAAUGUUUGAUCACGAGAUGGAGGAAAGUAGAAAGGGUCGUGUGCAAAUCACCGACGUACAAUCCGAUGUUUUACAAGAGAUGCUAAGGUUUAUAUACACCAGUGAGAUAGCACAAGAAAAACUGGAGAAAAUGGCCACCGAAUUGUUAGCAGCAGCAGACAAGUAUCAGUUGGAUCGCCUCAAGGUCAUAUGCGAGGAUGUGAUGCGUACGAAUCUGAGUGUUGAGAACGCGGCCGAUAUUUUGGUGCUAGCAGAUCGACACAAUGGCACUCAAUUAAAGAGUCUUGCCAUUGACUUCAUAAACAGCCAUGCUGAAGAGAUAAUGGAAACCACAGGAUGGCAGUCACUCAUCAAGAACAAUCCACAGCUAGUAGCCGAGGCAUUUCGAGCGUUGGUUCGUUCACAAGGCUCACCGCUCUUUCCUGCCUCAAAGAGAUUCAAAAAGAGCUAAGCCAUCGGUCACAUGACCACUUGUGUUGGAUGAUGUCGGGUUAGUGGUUAUUGCAUUUAUUGUUGAUAAGACGGUAUAGACAGUCUUGCAGAAUGACCGGAAGGCAAGUCGUUCGCCUGUCUAGUUUGUAACAUAUGUAGAGUUUCACAAGGGUUUGUAUAAUAGUAUCCCAGAUAUUGGACGGUAAGUAGGCAUGACUAAUCAACAGUUGACACUAGUGCAUCUGUUCGCUUCGUCUCGU